AGCCCCGCUCCCACCCAGAGACCGGAGGGAAAAGGAGAGGUAGAGAGACCAGGGAGGAUGAGCAAAAACUUGGGUCUCUUACAACUAUGGCUACUACCUUCAACAAAAAUUCUCGUCGGAGGUUCGAAAUUUUCCAAAGUUUGAUUGAGAUCCCAUUUCGAAAUUCAGCUAUAUAUGGGAUCCCUGGAUGGAAGAAACAUGAAAGCUUGUGUCUUUCUAGAGCUAUUCAGACUGCUGCGUAUGAAAUUGUGAAUGGAAGCUACAUAACGGCCCAAACUAAACCACAAGACAAAACGAAGGAUAAAGAAUCAGCAGAAGUCGACACUGUUGGUGCAUUUCAAAAGCUACCAAUGGUCAUGCCAUCUGUUGAUAUAUUAUAUUCUGCUUUGAGGAAGGCAAAGCGGGUCUCACCCACCAAAGGAAUUGCCAAUAUUGCAAAGAGGGAGAGAAAUCGAGGUGCGAAGCAACUUGAUGCUCUGAUGAAAGAAUUGGCAGUUCCAUUGAGAGAGUACCUGGGGAAUUUUCCUAAAAGAAAAUAUCUUCAUCCUUAUGAACGGUCACUUAUUGAGUUGACCCUUGGGGAUGGGAAUUAUGAAGAGGUACUGGGAAAAGUAGAUGAUCUGAGGAAGAAGGUGGGAUCUGUUGGAAAGGAAUAUGCUUCUCUCUGUGCCAAGUCAUCAACAAAAAAAGAAGCCGAGGAGCGGUUAAAUGAGGGUAUGGAAAAGCUUAAAGAAAUUUUUAACGGUAAAGGAAAGGCUGUCGAUGAUUUAUUAAAUAUUGCCAAGACUUUGCGGGCUAUGCCAGUAGUUGACCUGGAAACACCAACUCUCUGUCUUGUUGGAGCUCCAAAUGUGGGGAAGUCUUCCUUGGUUCGUGUCCUCUCAACAGGGAAGCCUGAGAUCUGCAACUAUCCUUUUACAACUAGAGGAAUUCUAAUGGGUCACAUUGUCUUGGACUACCAGCAUUUCCAGGUGACGGAUACCCCAGGUCUACUGAAGAGACAUGACGAGGACCGGAACAAUUUAGAGAAGUUAACACUGGCUGUCCUCUCACAUCUACCAACAGCAAUAUUAUUUGUUCAUGAUCUCACUGGAGAAUGCGGAACCUCACCAUCUGAUCAGUUUCUGAUCUACAAGGAAAUCAAAGCAAGGUUCAGCGAUCAUCUUUGGCUUGAUGUAGUCUCCAAAUCUGAUAUGCUGAAAGAGUCUCCUGUGCUCUUUGUCACAGAAGAUGCUGAUGCUGAUCAUCCUGAAAUGGCAAGGUACCGGAAGAUGGGACCCAGUGGAGCAAUCCGGGUGUCAAUAAAGAAUGAAGAAGGGCUUCAUGAGCUGAAGGAUAGAGUUCGUGUAUUGCUGGAUGCUCAAAUGGGCCGGAUCGGAAGUGACAAGGGCAAGAAAGAUGAUUCGAAACUUGUGACUUAACGACUCGCUGGAUCCACCCAGAUAUUCUAGUUCUUGUAAAAUGCACAUAGCAAGAUGGUCACUUAGCAGUUCUAAUGAUGGCAAGUUCAAUGAGACUCCAAGCUUUUAGCUGACUAUUUGAGGGUGCUGGGGGAAAAGUGACUACAUUGGUCUUGCAUGCUUGAAGAUUUGAUGGGAGCCUCAUUGCCAUGUUUACAAGCAUGGUGUUCUCCGGCAUCUGCUGGAGUUGAUUUUAAGUCCAUUUCUCUCUUUCUAACCCGAGUUGCGUCAAGCAGUGCCUAAUUGAUUGGAAGGCAGGAUUUUCCUCUUUGUUUCAUCUAAAUGGUGGAAAUAUUUUCUUCUUUUGUUCUUUCAAUUUUCUCGUCAGGGAGAUUGUUUUGGGGUCAAUAGCAGGGGACUCUAUAACCUUAUUCCUUAAGCUUUCUGAUUAUACUCGUGGGUUAUAAACUAGUUUUUUUUU